AUGUUACCCUCGCAGCCGCAAGAUCGCCAUCUCGGAGCUCCGGGUCCUAGCGGCGGCGGCGGCGGUGGUGGAGAUGAGCUCAUUAGAACGUACAAGGGUUGGAAAGGAGAUAACGUGUUCUGCUUUGGAGGAAGGCUUGUGUUUGGACCCGAUGCUCGGACUAUACUCAUCACCAUCUUCUUGAUCACUGCUCCUGUCACUAUCUUCUGCGUUUUCGUUGGCAGAAAGUUUAUUGAUGACUAUCCUCACCAUCGAGGAGUAUCAGUUCUCGCCAUAGCUGUUGGUCUUAAUUUACUGGAUCUAGUAUUUCUGUUUAUAACCUCGGGGCGAGACCCUGGAAUCAUACCGCGUAAUCUGUAUCCUCCUGAGCCAGAGAGUAACGGAGAGCCACGUCUUGCUCAUACUCCUACUCAGACCCGGUUGCCUCGGACAAAAGAAAUGCUUGUGAAUGGAAUCACUGUCAAGAUCAAAUACUGUGACACCUGCAUGCUUUACAGACCGCCCCGUGCUUCUCACUGCUCCAUAUGCGAUAACUGCGUUGAGAAAUUUGACCAUCACUGUCCAUGGCUUGGUCAAUGCAUUGGAUUGAGAAACUACAGGUUCUACUUCAUGUUUGUAUUGUGCUCGGCUCUUCUCUGCAUUUAUGUCCAUGUGUUUUGCUGGAUCUACGUCAAGAGGAUUAUGGAUGGUGAGAAGAUAAGCAUCUGGAAGGCGCUUAUCAAGACUCCUGCUUCCAUCGCCCUAAUACUCUACUCUUUUGUCUCUGUCUGGUUCGUUGGUGGGCUUACUGGCUUCCACUUGUACCUAAUCGGUACCAAUCAGUCAACUUACGAAAACUUUAGGUAUCGGUAUGAUAGACAUGAGAACCCUUUCAACAAAGGGAUAGUUGGGAACUUCAUGGAAGUGUUCUGCACAAAGGUUCCCUUAUCUAAGAACAGUUUCAGAGCAAAGGUACCAAAGGAGCCAGCGAUCCCACCAAGGAUAGUAAACGGAGCCAUGUCAAGCCCGAGCUUGCAGAAAGUUUCCCACGACAUAGAGAUGGGGAGAAAACCUGUGUGGCACGAGACGGUAGAAGAAGAGCUCGGUGACUUGGAAAAGGACAUGGAAACAACGGUUACAUCGAGGGAUUUGAGCAGAAUGCUUCCACCAGAAGAAUCUGAAGGGCGUGGGAUUAUGCAUUCAAGAGAGUCGAGCAGGGGAAGGAGAGGAGGUAGCUGGGAAUUCUCAAGCCGUGUUAACGAAGAUUUAAGAACAAGAGAUGAGUCUGUGUCGAUAAGAGUUGGUGAAGAUAGCUCAGAGUCUUCAGGCAAUGUUGCUUCCAGAUAA